AUGGAGGCAGCGGUGAAAUUUUCCAGCUUUUUGCUGAAUCCAUGGUCCCUCACAUUCCCAAUGUGGGUGGCUGCUGCCGUUGCAAAGGAGGCUGCACUCCAAGCAACUGAUGUGUGUAUAACUUUUGCCUGCCAGCGAUUUGAUCCAUUGCCAAGCCGCACUGGAACAAAGCCUUUGUACAAGAACGUCCUCGAUCGAAAGGAUUAUGCAUUCCUGUUGAUGAACUCCUUUGUGGAGAUGAUUUUCUCAAGCCAUCUUUGCUACAAUGCGUGGUACUCUUCUUAUAUUCAACGAAGCUGGCCUUCUUUUGGCAUCCUGAACGGUCCUAUUGCGCUUUUGCUGUUAAUUUUGUUCAAUGACAUGCUGUAUGCCCCAGCACACCGACUCCUUCACCAUCCUGCCGUGUACCCAUAUAUCCAUAAGCAUCACCACCGCUCCAUCUACCCUUCACGUGGAAACAUCGAUGCUCGGAACGAGCAUCCCAUCGAACAGAUGAUUGCCAUGGCGCUUUGGAUGACAGCGAUUUACAUGGUGGCCUUCAGCACUGGCAUGCAUGCGGCCACAAUCAUUGGGCACUUGGCGGUGAUGACCAUGGGAGCCUCCCUGAACCACGCUGGAUUUGACUUGGAGAUCCGCUUCCUAGGUGUUGACUGGUAUUCGACUGGUGCCCAUGAAAUGCACCAUCGUCGGCCUGAUAAGAAUUUUGCGCAGUUUACAAUGUUCUGGGACAAGCUCAUGGGGACUUACAUCCCGUACACCGAUGAGCUCUCUGAUGCAAACGCGCAGAAAGCGAAGUGA